AUGUUAACCUCUAAAGAUACUUCAGAAUAUGAAGGUUCUGAAGAUGAGUCAGAGUCAGAAGAUGAAUCUGAAGCUGAAGAUGAGUCAGAGUCUGAAGGUGGCUCUGAAGAUGAAGAAGACUUUGAAGACUCUGGUGGUCAACACUCUGAAGGUGGUCAUGCUUCUGAAGGCGGUACUUCCGGGGUUCCAGCAUCUGAUACUGUUUUAGAGGCCACAAAGAAUCAGAAGCAUACCAAUAAGAUUGAUUCAUUUCUCAAGCAUCAAGGAUUCAAAAAGUAUGAGAUGGAGUAUAACGUGUAUGUUCAACAUACUUCUGAAGGGAGUUGUGAACAUAAGAUAACUAAGUUCAAGAAGGUGUUGAUGAAUGAGUUUGAGAUAACUAAUCUAGGAAAGAUGACAUAUUUCCUAGGGAUGAAGUUUAUUUACUCUGAGAAGGGUAUCAUUUUACAUCAGCUGAAGUAUGAACUUGAGCUUCUAAAGAGAUUCAAGCUAUUGAAUUGUAAGGCUGAUGUCACACUGUCAGAAAUAAAUCACAAAUUGGAUUUUGAUUUUGAAGGUGAUAAUGUAGAUGCCACAACUUUCAAGCAGUUAGUUGACUUUAUGAGGUAUUUGUGUAAUAACAGAUCUAAAUUUUGCUAUGCAGUUGGAAUAGUUAGUAGGUUCAUGAGUAAACUGAAGUGCUCCCAUUACCAAAUUGUUGUCAGGAUUCUAAGGUAUAUAAGGGGAACUCUGAAGUAUGAAGUUUUGUUCUCUUCUAUAGGAAAGACUAAUUCAGAGCUGAUGUGCUACUCAGACUCUGAUUGGUGUGGAGACAGAGUUGACAGAAGAAGUACUUCUAGAUACUUGCUUAAGUUUUUGGGAAGUCCUAUUUCUUGGUGUUCCAAGAAGCAACCAGUUGUUACUUUGUUAACCUGUGAAGCAUAA